AACUACAAUUACUAUGGCAAUAAAUUCAAGGGAGAAGAGCCCUCUACUAGCUUAUAUAGCAUCCCACGGGUACUACUACCCCGUCGUUUACCUAUAUAUCCCGCCGAUUACGAUCCAAUUCCCCCCCCUAAGUUCCAAAACCAGCUUCUUCCCCGUCUAUAAGCUAAUUCGCCUUAUUUUUAAUAUCAAUGACCUUCUCCUCCUACUUUUUUAUAUUCCCGGUAUUAAGAUCGCAAUCAUUAAGCUAAGUACUUCUCUAGCGUCUUUAAUUUGCAUACUUUACAAGAGUCUAGCCUAAUUCGUAGAGAUACUCGAAAUCGACGAGCUAAUAUUAGUAAUUUGAUAGCUAUGGCGUUAGAGGAGCAGAUUAACCCGAAAUAGCUAAAGGCAAUAGAGAAAUCGGAGGCUAAAGAAUAUGGUAUUCCAUAGGGAUUUCUCCUUAUUAUAAAGGAUCAGGUUUCCCCUUGGCAUACUAUAUGGAAUU